AUGUUCCUCCGCCCCACUAGGUAUUACAACUCCGAAGACGAUGGUCCACGUUUCCCAGAAGAUGUUGAGCCUCGCUAUCCACCUGCUCAAGGUUCGCCUACAGUAGACGAGAGAUAUCAGGACGACGAGGAAGCGUUGUCUGAUGCGGGCAGUAGUGGUAUGGCAUCCGACGAGUGGGAAGAGAUCAUGGCCCGACCUCGCCUUGACAUGAAUGCACCUGCCGAAGACCAUGACUGCUUCUCCGAUGAAGAUGACGAAGAUGAAAGUGAUCGUGGCGAGUCCGACGAGGACGACUACUCAAACAUCGUGCUAGACAUGGAUGGUGGUGAAGCGAUCAGAUUCCUCCGCGCGCUGCCGCAAAAAGGCAUCGAGCACAUACAUACCUUGGCAAUUACAGGCUCACAGCUCAUGGGCGAUGACGGUCCUAGUCGUCGUGCAUGGUCGGGAGACAUCAGGAGAUCGAGGAUCGUCGGACCGGUGCGCAUGCAUACGCCCUUUGGCGAGCUGCUGGCCCAUGUGCCGAAGUUGACGCAAGUGGAUCUGUACACACCAUACGGCGGGAACGAGGACUUUUACUGCACGUGGGGGCCGGUCGAGAUACAGACACUGCUCGCCUACGGCCAUCUUCGUUUCCCGAACCUGGUGUUCUUCGGCGAAGACACGGUGGAAGCACUGCAGAAGUCAACCUUGGAAGAGUGCUAUGAUCGUCUGAUGGAAUGCUUCGAGGACUCAUUCGCCACUCACGAGUUCGAGCUGGAAUACCUGCGCCCGAGGGCGGGUACGAUGAUGACCACCGCGCUCUGA